CCUUGCUCCGCCAUCCAUCCGGAUCCGAAACCAAAAGCUGCCGAUUUUCCGUGAGUUCGGGGGUUUUGAGUGCGAUUCUGAGUGAGUCGCGCGUCGCGUCCGGAGGGCGGGGCGGUGACAUUUCGGACAUCGGGCUCAUCCAUACAAACCUGAAUUUCUGCCAUCUGAUGGUAAAAGUCAUUUUCGACCAUGGAUGAGCUACCAAAUCGAAGCCUUUCGACAGCAAACAAAGCCGAUAAACUGCCCACCCUUUUACUUUCCAACGACGAGCAGCGCGUCCUUGCUCUUUACGAUGAGCUUCGCGACCUCGAGAUCAAGGUCGCCUUGGUGAAGGCACAACAGAGCCAUGUCUCAGACUCAACAACACCAAGCACAGAAGCAAAUGUGAGAAAGGCUCAGCAGGACGCGUCGACGGCGCGUGCGGGAUGGCUUCUGAGGAACAAUAUCACGGAUAGUGUCAUGACUGCCAACCCCAUUCUCAAAGCUGUCCAUGGGAGCACACAGUCAACGCCCAUCGAAACUGACCUCCUACCACACAUCCGCGCCCGCGACAACGUCUCUGUUGCCCUAGCCAACAAAUCAGAAGACAUCCGCGGUCUCAUCAAGCAGCUGACCGAGGUGGAAGCCGAGAGCCUACGAGUCGGGCGGAAAAACGUGGAGCUCACAGCCGAGAUCCUCAGGCUUACUGAGGAUGCGGAAAAGAAAAGUGCGGGCGAGACUGACAACCCCGCCGUGCAGGCGGAGACGGCCAGACUUGAAGCCGAGAUGAAGGCGAGCAGGCAGCGGUGGAAAGUUAUGAAAGGCACCGCCAGCGCUGUGGUCGUUGGCAGCGGCGUAGACUGGUCCAGAGAUGAAGCGCUGCGCGACGUAGUGCUGGACCCCGAAGAUGACGAAUGAAAAGCUUGCUAGACCCUGGAGAUCUGAAGCUCACGUUGGCCCACGAUGCGCAUGGGGCAGGGGCGGACAAAGGCACCUGAACGCCGUGGGAGGCUGCGGACAGACGCCCAGAAUCCAGGUAUGGUAUACGUAUACUCAGGCUCGCAGGCCCAUGACAACAUCAUCUCAGGAAUCAGGGCUCUAAGAUGGUGCCAAAUUACAAUGGCGUAUUACCACCGGCUUGAGGGGCUCGUCAAAUGGAGUGGACCGAAACCCAAGACGUCAGUACCUCGGAACGUUCGCUUCAACCCGCCCUACGCAGGUUGUAUGCAGGUACGGGCCCUCAGAGGCUCGGUCAACUCGUGACCGCGGUCUUCACUAGGCUGGCGGGCCAUACGGUUGGCAUUACCAGAUCAUCGUGCUCGCUCUGCCCUGCGGACGAUGGAUCUACUGUUGCUCAUAGUAGUGUAUCUGUACGGCACGGCAUCGGCACCUGAGGACACCACCUAAACUUCUGAAGGCACUUGUGGAUUCCAAGUUCACCUUCGGCCCCUGCCGGCUCACGAAAUUGGACAGGGCUUAGCGGCACCUCGGACGCUAUGACCACGGUGAUGUCGAAUCACGUGGGUGAGCUUGGCUCCAAGAUCUGCUCCUGUGGCCAAUGCUUGAGCUUGAUCAGCUGCUCUGUCUACCUAGGUAUGUAGUUGGAUCGCUGGAAAGUAUGAGA